ACAAAGAUGCCCGCCAAAUCCCGCUUUGGGCGCCUCGACGCCUUCACAAAGACGGUGGAAGAUGCCAAGAUCAGAACAACCUCGGGUGGAAUAAUCACGAUUACCAGUAUACUAGUGAUACUGUAUUUGACAUGGAGCGAGUGGGCGGAUUUCCGGAGGAUCACCGUGAGACCUGAAUUGGUGGUUGACAAGGGCAGAGGCGAGAGGAUGGAAAUCGCAAUGAAUAUCACAUUCCCCCGCAUGCCAUGCGGGCUGCUUACUCUCGAUGUCAUGGAUGUCUCUGGAGAAUUGCAAAUGGGGGUAAAUCACGGCGUGAACAAGGUCCGUUUGUCGCCUGAGAGCGAGGGAAGCCGCGUUAUUGAAGUCAAGUCACUAGAUCUCCAUGCCGACGAAGCCUCCCACCUCGACCCCAAUUACUGCGGUGAAUGUUUCGGCGCCCCACCCCCCUCGAACGCCCAGAAGCCCGGUUGCUGCAACACCUGUGACGAAGUGCGUGAUGCAUACGCCUCCAUUUCUUGGUCUUUCGGGCGUGGUGAGGGAGUGGAGCAGUGUGAGCGCGAGCACUACGCCGAACACCUCGACGAGCAACGCAAGGAAGGGUGCCGUCUCGAGGGAAAUAUCAAGGUCAACAAGGUCAUUGGAAACUUCCACAUUGCGCCUGGAAAGUCGUUCUCCAACGGCGCCCUCCACGUCCACGAUCUCGACAACUACUUCAAAGAUGAGACGCACACUUUCACCCACAAAGUGAACCACCUCCGCUUCGGACCCCAACUCAGUGAGGCUGUGAUCGCGGACAUGAACAGCAAACAUGCCAAUACAGGCCCAGGAGGCUGGACCAAUCACCACAUCAACCCGCUAGACAACACCGAACAACACACCGGCGAGCAGGCUUUCAAUUUCAUGUACUUCAUCAAGGUGGUCAGCACUGCAUACUUGCCUUUGGGAUGGGAGAGCGCUUCCUCGCCGUCCAAGCACGACGAUCUUCUUGGCGCCACCAUCGACCACACCUACAAGGGCAGCGUGGAGACACAUCAAUACUCUGUGACUUCGCACAAGCGGAAUCUCAAGGGCGGAUCCGACGAAGAGGAAGGCCACAAGGAGAGGAUACACGCCCGCGGCGGCAUUCCGGGUGUCUUCUUCUCAUACGACAUCUCCCCCAUGAAGGUCGUCAACCGCGAAGAGCGAACCAAGACCUUCUCCAGCUUUCUGGUCGGCUUGUGCGCUGUCAUCGGUGGUACCCUCACCGUCGCCGCUGCCAUCGACCGUGCUCUGUACGAAGGUGCCAACAGGAUCAAGAAGAUGCAUUCUCAGUAA